UCGGCCUCCUCCAGCAGGGGGCGCUGUGAGAUCCGCGGCGGUCCGGGACAAACCAGCAAGCCGCUCUCGGUCCGCGGACGCUCUGCCCGCCCACCCGGUUUUUCCCCGGGAGGCCCCGGGGUUUGGGGAAGUGUUUCUAGGAGACGGCGCUCGUCGGUUGCGCCUGCGCGGUUGACGCUACCGGGGCCGCCUGACGGACCCGCGGCGCUGGCAGGCCAAGGGAGUUCCCGCUUGCUCUCGGUGGUUGUCACCGCGCGGUUUCUCUAGCCCCAUGGUACGCCGGUGAGACCGGCUGCAGGCUGACGUCUCCUCGCGAUGGAGCAUAUCCGGACGACCAAGGUUGAACAAGUAAAAUUACUUGACCGAUUCAGUACUAGCAACAAGUCAUUAACAGGAACACUCUAUCUUACGGCUACACAUCUAUUAUUUAUAGACUCUCAUCAAAAAGAAACCUGGAUAUUACACCACCAUAUUGCCUCAGUAGAGAAACUUGCUUUGACUACUUCCGGAUGCCCACUUGUGAUUCAGUGCAAGAACUUCAGAAUUGUGCAUUUCAUUGUUCCCAGAGAAAGAGAUUGCCAUGAUAUUUACAACUCUUUGCUACAACUGUCGAAACAAGCAAAAUACGAAGAUCUCUAUGCAUUUUCUUAUAAUCCCAAACAAAAUGAUUCAGAACGACUACAAGGCUGGCAGCUCAUUGACCUUGCUGAGGAAUAUAAGAGGAUGGGAGUGCCAAAUUCACACUGGGAGUUGUCCGAUGCCAACCGGGAAUACAAGAUUUGUGAAACUUAUCCCAGAGAACUUUAUGUUCCCUGGACAGCAAGCAAACCAAUAAUUGUUGGUAGUUCCAAGUUCCGGAGCAAGGGAAGAUUCCCAGUUCUUUCCUACUAUCAUCAAGAUAAGAAGGCUGCCAUUUGUCGAUGUAGUCAACCACUCUCUGGAUUCAGUGCCAGGUGCAUGGAGGAUGAACAUUUGCUUCAAGCCAUUAGUAAAGCCAAUCCAGUCAAUCGCUAUAUGUAUGUCGUGGAUACCAGGCCAAAACAUCGUAUGCAGAGCUGGUGGGCUACACAAAAGGACAUUGGCAGAAUUAUAGUGAGGAUUUCUUCAAAAGUCCGGAAUGAUGAGAAAAUAAGAGAAAGCAAUGAGAAAAAGCGACUGAAUGCAAUGGCCAACAGAGCAGCUGGAAAAGGUUAUGAAAAUGAAGACAACUAUUCCAGUAUUAGAUUUCAGUUUGUUGGAAUUGAAAAUAUUCAUGUCAUGAGGUCCAGCCUUCAGAAAUUAUUGGAAGUCAAUGGCACUAAAGGGCUUUCUGUCAGUGAUUUCUACUCCGGUUUGGAGAGCUCAGGAUGGCUUCGCCAUAUCAAAGCUAUUAUGGAUGCUGCAAUCUUCUUGGCCAAAGCAAUAAUGGUUGAAAAUGCAAGUGUGCUGGUUCAUUGUUCUGAUGGUUGGGAUAGGACUUCCCAGGUUUGUUCCCUGGGUUCUCUUUUAUUGGAUUCCUACUACAGAACAAUCAAAGGAUUCAUGGUUUUAAUAGAAAAGGACUGGAUCUCUUUUGGACAUAAAUUUUCAGAGAGGUGUGGCCAUUUGGAUGGUGACCCAAAGGAAGUCUCACCAGUGUUUACUCAGUUCUUGGAAUGUGUGUGGCAUUUGACCGAACAGUUUCCACAAGCCUUUGAAUUCAAUGAAGCAUUUCUUCUUCAGAUCCAUGAACAUAUUCAUUCAUGCCAAUUUGGAAACUUCCUUGGAAAUUGUCAGAAGGAAAGGGAAGAGCUCAAGUUGAAGGAGAAGACUUAUUCCCUGUGGCCAUUUAUUUUGGAAGACCAAAAGAAGUACCUAAAUCCUCUCUACAGUUCCAAAUCUCAUAGAUUUAUAGUUUUGGAGCCAAAUACAGUCUCUUUCAAUUUUAAGUUUUGGAGGAACAUGUACCACCAAUUUGAUCGAACACUGCAUCCUAGGCAGUCUGUAUUUAAUAUAAUUAUGAAUAUGAAUGAGCAAAAUAAACAGUUAGAGAAAGAUAUUAAAGACCUAGAAUCUAAAAUUAAACAACGCAAAAAUAAGCAAACAGAUGACAUCCUCACCAAGGAAUUGUUACAUUCCGUUCAUCCUGAAUCACCUACUCUCAAAACUUCCCUGUGUUUUAAAGAGCAGACUCUGCUACCGGUGAAUGAUUCUCUUCGAACUAUAGAGGGCAGCAGCCCGGCAGAUAAUCGUUACAGUGAAUAUGCAGAAGAAUUUUCUAAAUCAGAGCCUGCUGUGGUCAGCUUAGAGUAUGGUGUGGCAAGAAUGACUUGUUAGACUCAGAGUUUUUUCUGCAAUGAGAGGAUUAUUGUGAGGAUGGUCUGUAAGCAUUACCAAAAGGAAUUUGUCUAAUAAAUAUUUUAAGGCUUAACAGUAGGCUAAUAGUUGAAGGAAGGGUAAUAACUGUCCUUAUGAGAGAAAUAAGGCAUUUUAAUUGCACUUACAGCAAGGAAUGACAUUCAGUUCUGUAAGAAUUGAGUGGUAUUUGAUGUAUUUACUCAAAACAUAAUUUGCACUGUACACUAGUGAAUUGACAUUUCUGUAUGAUUUAUGUUCAUUCAGCCAAACAUCGGUAGCCUUCCUUAAGUAUAAUUUAACUUCAAGACAACAAAACUUGACAACAUAGUUUCUUAAUAAUUUAUAUGGCAUGUACUUUCAGUUAUGUAGCUUUGUAACUAUGUGUAUUUACAUAGUUUGCCUUUUAGUGAUAUUUAAUGUUGAAGUGCCAUGAAAAAUAUUUCUAAGAAAGCCUUAAAUUCUCAGUGGAUUCUUUACCCUUAAGUUUUAUAGCCUAUAACAAGAUUUUUUGUUUUGUUUUUCCUUUGGUCAGCCUUGUUCUGUGUGUAAAGAAUUGCGCUCUCGUUACUGCUGGGGUUGCAUGCUACAGUACUUCUAUAUAAACAGUUGUAGAAGUACACUUUUCACAUUUAGCCUGCCCCACUUUUGUAUUCAAAAUAAAUGAAACUGAAUGUUUAUUUUGAUCAUAACUUGUUUAGUGCCACAUUUGAUGAUUUGUUAUUUACAGCUUAGAUUAUUGAUUUCUUGAAUAUGUAUAAGAACAUUUGACUGUCUUUUAUAUGUGGAUUACUGCAUUCCAUUGAUUCUUAUUUUGUGGUUGGCUUUAUUUCUUUCAUAACUAUGUAAGUUUAAAGAGCUGAAGCUCUAAAACUGUUCUUAGAAACAAUGAUCGUACAUGCAUAUGUAUAUUUUUAAACUGCCUUAUUGCUCGAUGAUUUGCUGUUCCUGGAGUAUCUAACUUUCAGUUUACCCAAAAACUUUUGGGUAAAUAAAAAAGGGAAGUACAGAUAGUUUAGUUUCUGCAUGGUUGCAUGAAUUUUGAAGUCAUUUCUAUGUGGAACAUUAUUUUUCUUCUUGUUAAAUAUAGAAGAUAAAAGAAAAUUAAAGAGAUUCUAGUACAGAGUUAUUGUUUAACAAAAGCAACUUAAAACUCUGGGAAGCAUUUCAUUUUGCCAUGUUAUAUUAACUGUUUAUUUUACGUACUAGUACAUAUCUUAAAUUACCAAAAACUAAGCAAAACAAAAUGUAAAAACCCCAAAACUAUCACUUGGAAUUAGCAGUAUCAUCCAACUGGCUUUAAAAUUAAAAAUUUAAAUAACAUGGUGGCAUGAGGUACAAUUCAAGUAUUAGGAAAUUUGCAAAGGGUCCCUUAUGCUGCUUUCUGUUACACCUCUAUUAUAUUAGUUUUGAACAUAAACAUCUUUUUCAGACAAAAAAAAAAAGCUUUAUUGUAUAAGAACUUAUCUAAUCCUGUUUAUUAUUCCAGUGCUUUUCUGUAAUAUAUUAUGUAAUUAAAGAAUUCCUUUUUAAACAGUAACAGAAAUACACUAUAAAAUGCAGUAUGUGAUUAACCAAUCCUACUUCCAUAUUUAAGCACUGGGAAUAGAAACUUAAUCUCUGUGACUACAAAGGGAAGUUUUUGUGCCUUGGUGUUCCAGUCACUGAUCGUGGUUUUAGAAUCUUCUGUGGCUGACUUCUUGUAUUCAACUCUGGUUUAUUAUCUUAAUCUUCAACUUUAGACAUAUAUUUGUGUGUUUAAUGUGCUCACAGAUGGACUGAGAAAUCAGUUAUGUCGCAAGUGACCUACAGGGUAUGUGUUGGCAAAAGCAGAUUGUGUAUAUGUCUUAUAAAGUUGGAUUUAUGUUCGGUGUAUUUGGAAAUGUAUAGCAUGUAAAUUAUUUCAUAUAUUGUUUAAAGGUAACUAAAUGUUCACAUCUUACUUUGAAUGUUUUUCUUCUGGAUAAAGCAAAUGGAAUCAA